CACACUUUGCGACUGCGGACAGCUGAGUGGAAAAACUUGGCACCCGCUACCAGACGAAAUCUCCAGCUGUUUGUCGAGUUACCACGGAAAAAAGAUCACAGAUAGCGACAAAAAAAUGACAAACGUAGGAGGCUCAGAUUCCAAGCGUGAACAAUUCCGUCGCUACCUGGCGAAGACCGGAGUGGUGGACGGCCUCACCAAUGUACUCGUUGCUCUUUACGAAGAAGCAGACAAGCCAAACAACGCGUUGGACUUUAUCAAGAGCCAUCUCGGUGCAGCUGGUGUCGAGGCGGUUGACAUUGAAGCUCUCCGUCAAGACAUGAUGGAGCUACAGCAGAAAUGCGACGCUCUCGUUGAAGAAAACAAAGAGCUCAAGAAUCGGCUUGCCCAGUAUGAACCAGCCGCAGAGGAUGGAGGGGCCGACUGAUGUCACAUCAAGUUACCUAACAGACCAAGAGUGCCUAUUUGAGAUAAGUCAUGGCAGCAAAAAGCAAAGCGGCCUAUUAAAUUCACCUAUUGAUGUUACCAAGGCUUCAUUUGGAUUUUUAUUUAAGAAUAUUUCCCUCUUUUUAUAUGUUC